CUCACGCGCUUUCCCCCCACUCUCUCUCUGCAUAAACCUAACCUCCCUCUCCUCCAAAUCAAAUCUCAAAUUCCAUUUUUUUUUUGUCUUCUUUUUCCUCCUCCCAAUCGCCCACAGGGAUUGGAUUGGUCGGUCUUGGGUCGACGGAGACGAGGAGGGAGGUGGUUCGAUUGGAGGUUGGGGACGGGAGGAGAUGUUGAGGGCGAUGGCGAGGUGCUGCGGGCACUGGCCGCCGGGGGCGGCGGCGGCGGACGGCAUGCUGUGGCAGACGGAGCUGCGGCCGCACGCGGCGGGGGAGUUCUCGAUGGCGGCGGCGCAGGCGAACCUGGCUAUGGAGGACCAGGCCCAGGUGCUGGCCUCCCCGGGCGCCACGCUUGUCGGCGUGUAUGAUGGGCACGGCGGAGCCGAUGCCUCGCGGUUCCUCCGGUCUCGCCUCUUCCCCCAUGUCCAACGCUUCGAGAAGGAGCAGGGCGGCAUGAGCACCGAGGUGAUCCGGAGGGCAUUCGGCGCGGCGGAGGAGGAGUUUCUGCAGCAGGUCAGGCAGGCUUGGCCGCAGCGGCCGCGGAUGGCGGCCGUGGGCUCCUGCUGCCUGCUCGGGGCCAUCUCCGGAGACACGCUCUACGUGGCCAACCUCGGCGACUCCCGCGCCGUGCUCGGCCGUCGCGUGGUCGGGGGCGCGGUGGCCGUCGCCGAGCGGCUCACUGACGAGCAUAACGCGGCGUCGGAGGAGGUCCGACGGGAGCUCGCCGCGCUCAACCCAGACGAUGGGCAGAUCGUGGUGCACGCCAGGGGUGCGUGGAGGGUGAAGGGGAUUAUUCAGGUCUCGAGAUCCAUUGGUGACGUUUACUUGAAGAAACCAGAGUAUAGCAUGGAUCCCUUGUUUCGGAAUAUUGGUCCCCCAAUUCCUUUGAAGCGGCCAGCUCUUAGCGCAGAACCAUCGAUUCAAGUUCGCAAGCUGAAACCAAAUGACCUGUUUCUGAUAUUUGCUUCCGAUGGUCUCUGGGAGCAUCUCAGCGAUGACGCUGCGGUGCAGAUCGUCUUCAAGAAUCCAAGAACAGGAAUAGCAAACAGAUUGGUGAAGGCUGCCUUGAAGGAAGCCACGAGGAAGAGGGAGGUCAGCUUCCGUGAUCUGAAGACGAUAGAGAAGGGAGUGAGGCGCCAUUUCCACGACGACAUCAGCGUCAUCGUCGUCUACCUCGAUCGCCACCGCGGUCGCCGUCACACCAGGGUCGUCGACUCGAGCAGCAACUGCACCAGCGCCCCCGUCGACAUCUUCUCCUCCAACUCCGGCCAGUACGUGGAGACUCUGCAAGGUCGCCGGGGCUCCGGUUGGUAGGAAGAAGACUGGGAGAGUCGGCCUCCCUGCAAAAGAUCAAGACCGUUUCUUUGUUAAUUAUAGUAAACAUGUAGAGCUGCUGAUCAGUAACACUAGAUGCAGUAGCAUCACCGGAAAAAAGCGGGAAUGUACAUAAAUAGUCUCAGCGCGUGGCAUUUUGAUGUGGGAGAAGAUCAUUUGAUUUUUCUUUUUCCUUUUCGGGGGCUAAUUUAACUGCAGAGAUUAUUUUUGCUGUUCUUCUUUGUUUUUUACUUCUGCUGAACCAGCGGUUAACUGUUGACUCUUGAAUUACCGCAUUAGGUGCGGGUAAGGCAAUAUUAGCGGUGUAUUAUACUG